UUUUCUUCUAUACAGUUUGGAAGAAGAACUGGCAGUACCUUUAGGAUUUUCUUUUCAACUAAAUACAAGUUUGGGGCUCGGGAAGAUCAAUACUUCGUUUAGUUCCAGAUAUUUGUUCUAUUCAUGUGAGACAUUUUACCUGUUUAUUUUACAUUUGUUUCUUAUUCUUCACUUAUUUUCUGCAUUCCUUUCAUACCCGGUAACGGCGGAUGCCCCCCUUCUUCUCACGUACCAUUGAUUUAACCUUUUAUCAUCCUAAGUGGAAGAGGACACGCUCUCCCCACGAUGACCAAUGAGACCCCAGCUGACCCCUACAUCUUCACCACUGACCUCCUGCCCCUUGACCCUCGCUUCCUUCCUCCGCUGGCCAAUGGGCUGCUGGGUUGGAGGGUGUACGGUGACAUCAUGCACAUGGGCGGAGUCUAUAACGGCGAGGGCGGGGACUGUCACCGUGCCAAUCUCCCCUGUCCUCUGGCUGUGAGGAUGGAUCUAGAUGAGGUGGAGAAGGCAGGGCAUCUGGAACACUCCUACAGUCUAGAUACACACACAGGUAUAUUCACCCACUCUCUGAGGACAGUUGGUGUUAUUGCCUCCCAGUCUCUCUACACCCAUCGACAUCAUCCCAACCUCUUGGUCAUGGAGGUCCUGCUGGUUCGUCAGGGCACCUCCCAGGAGCCAAUCACAAUCAAGCUGGACAGUAGGUUCACGCCUCAAAGCGAUGACAUAGUGUUCCAUUCUGAACCGGACUACAAAGGAGCCAGUUACAUCCAGGGCCGGACCACCACGGCUGAAGUCCCUGGUGGCGUCUGUCCCAGCGUCCACAUCAUCUGGACCCCCAUCACCCCCUCCCUUACCCUGCUGCCCGACCAGGCCCAGUCCCGCUGGGGGUUCGUGGUGGCGGUGGCGGGGAGUCAGGACAGCGUACAGGCUCACUACGACACAGCUCUGGAGCUGAUGACCAAUGGGAACCUUCGUCCCUCGCACCUCCGGGCGUGGGAGGAGCUGUGGGCGGGCAGCACGCUGGAGCUGACUGGUCCGGACGACCUGAGCAGGGCUCUGAUUGGCUGCAUGUUCUACCUGCUCAGUGCCUUCCCUUCGUUGCACGAGGCACCCGGUCAUUUCGGCGGGGUCAGUCCUGGGGGGUUGUCUAACGGGGGCUCAGGACAAGACUACUGGGGACACGUGUUCUGGGACCAGGACACUUGGAUGUACCCCAGUAUUGGUCUCUUCUACCCUCAGUUAGCCCGGGCCGUGCUUGAGUACCGGGUGAGGACAGUGGAUGGCGCUAAGGACAAUGCUGAGAAGCAAGGCUACAAGGGACUAAAGUUCCCGUGGGAAAGUGCUGUGUCAGGGAGAGAGGUGUGUCCUGAAGAUAUAUACGGACAACAAGAGAUCCACAUCAACGGAGACAUUACUCUGGCCUUCCAACACUACCUCUACCUCACACAGGACAUGUCUAUGUUCACAGAGGGGCGUGGCAGCGAAGUGAUUUGGGGCGUGGCUGACUACUGGGUUUCCAGGGUAACCUGGAGCGCUGAAGAACAGGAGUACCACAUCUUAGGUGUCAUGCCGCCCGAUGAGUAUUACUACAACGUCAACAACUCGGUGUACACAAACACUGUGGCCAAGUACAGUCUUGAGUUUGCUGUGGAGUUGGCUGCCCAGCUGAAGUACCCUGCUCCUCAGGAGUGGCAGCAGGUAGCAGACAAGAUUAAAAUCCCUUUCGAUCAGAAGCAGAAAUACCAUCCUGAAUUUGACGGCUACAAAAAAGGACAAUUUGUGAAGCAGGCUGACACAGUGUUGCUAGGCUAUCCCCUGGGUCUACCUAUGACCCCUGAGGUCAGGAGAAAUGACCUGGAGUUCUACGAGGCUGUCACAGACCCUGGUGGACCAGCUAUGACAUGGGGUAUGUUUGCAGUGGGCUGGCUGGAGCUGGGGGAAGUGGAGAAGGCUGGCCGUCUACUACAGAAGUGUUUCAAAAAUAUCCAGGGACCAUUCCAGGUAUGGAGUGAAUCGUCUGAUGGUUCUGGGGCGGUGAACUUUCUCACUGGUAUGGGAGGAUUCCUGCAAGCUGUUCUGUUUGGUUACACUGGAUUCAGAGUACAGAAAGAUUGUCUGGCCUUUGCCCCUUCCAUCCCUGAGGACAUCACUCAGCUGUGUAUCCGGGGGGUCAGUUACCUGGGCAACAAGAUGGACUGGCUGGUGAGGGGACAGGAAGUUUACAUCAUACUGAGAGAGGGAGCAAAGCAUGCUGGGAAUACCAAACCCUGCGCUCUGCAAGUGGUCCUCAAGAACUCCGGGACCAAGAUCCCUCUUAUACCAGGAAAACCAGUGACUUUCCCACGGGAGUCUGGAAUGAUCUGUAAAGUGGAUGGUGCCUUAUCCUGCUGGCCCAUGUGAGGACCAUCCCUGUCAAACCCCAUCCCCUUCUAUCUCCAGUACCUUCUAUCUCCAGUAUCUUCUAUCCACAGUACCUUCUAUCUACAGUACAGCACCUUCUAUCUACAGCACAGUACCUUCUAUCUCCAGUACCUUCUAUCUCCAGUACCUUCUAUCUCCAGUACC